UAACCCCUUCAUUCAAACGAUGAAGGAUUUACAACUACUUUUCUUUCAAAAAUUCAAAUGAUUCGAACAUUAAUAAUGACUUCAGCUACAAGCACCGAAAACAUCUUAGAUUCUCACCAUUCGGAGCUGAUAACACUUGCAAAAUAGAAAGUUUGUCCCGUACCAAACUAGUUUUUCAUGAUUUCAGUUACUUUACUAGGAAAUUACCUUCUUAAACAAACCAAUCCAAUUGGCUCAACUACUAAUACAACCUGUAAUUUUCAUGCAAUGUAGGCUGGUCCGAUCCAGUAACUAGCUCCGUAUAGCUUCCAUUUCCAUGGUAUAUUCCUUGCUCAUAUUUGACGAUGCUGUUGUUUUUUUGGGUGAAGAAAGAGAAUUAUAUUGAUUUUAACAACCUUCAACGUAAUUGAACAUUGAACGAAACAAUACAGAGAAGGACCUACACUGGACAACUUAUGUUGAUGUAAGAUUGCAACCCAAAUGGAGAAUGAUCUAAUUAAUGAUGCAGUUGAUGUGGCAGAAAGUUGACCAGGCAUUAAUGAUGUGGAAUACAUUUUUCAUGGCAAUACAUUAACGUGGCAAAAUUGCUAUUAUCUCAUUUCCAGCAAGCUCGUCAACACCACCUACAUAAUACCACCAAAACAAGAAGCCAUGAAACCUCCAAAACAGAAAAAAGCACGGCAAUUAGAAGAAAAACAAACCAAGCUCCAUGAUCCACAUAGACCCAUCAUCAAAGACCUCCUCUGGUUCUCUCUCAUUACUACAUUCUUCAAAGUUCUUCUCAUCCCAGCCUAUCAUAGCACUGACUUUGAGGUCCACCGUAAUUGGCUAGCCCUCACCCACACCUUACCUUUAUCUCAUUGGUACGUUGAUGAGACCAGCCCAUGGACCCUCGAUUACCCUCCUUUCUUUGCUUAUUUUGAGAGAUUUCUAUCCCUUUUCGCGUCUCUUGUGGACCCCACCAUCACAGACCUCUAUAAUGGCCUAAAUUACAAAGCUCUUUCAGUCAUCAUCUUCCAGAGACUCAGUGUAAUAGCCUCAGAUGCAAUAUUGAUUUACUCGAUAUACAAAUUGACAAAGAACUUGGAGUCAAAGAAGAGGUUUUUGAUCUGGGUUUUGGUUGUGUGGUCACCUGGGUUGUUAAUUGUUGAUCAUGUGCAUUUUCAGUACAAUGGGUUUCUUUUAGGGAUUUUGUUGGUUUCAUUGGGAGCACUGCAGAAAGGGAAUGACUUGAUAGGUGGAUUUGUUUUUGCGAUUUUGUUGUGUUUCAAGCAUUUAUUUGCUGUGGCUGGGCCAGUUUAUUUUGUGUAUUUGUUGCGGCAUUACUGUCGUGGAGGAAUUUUGAGGGGUUUCACUAAGUUGGUAACGAUGGGAGUGGUAGUUGUGGCGGUUUUUGUGGCUGCCUAUGGACCAUUUGCGUAUCAUGGACAGAUACAAGAAGUUCUGAGACGCAUGUUUCCAUUUGGUAGGGGGCUCUGCCAUGCUUAUUGGGCUCCAAAUUUCUGGGUGUUGUAUAUACUUUCAGAUAAGAUGCUUGCUUUUGUGCUUGCAAAAUUGGGAUUCCAUAUCCAAACACCAACUGCUUCAUUCACCGGUGGGCUGGUUGGGGACGCGUCUCCUUUUGCCAUACUACCUACGAUCACCCCAUCAUUAACCUUUGCCAUUGUCCUGCUUGCCAUAUCUCCUUCUCUUGUUAAAGCUUGGAGGAAUCCCCAGCCAAAGAUGAUUAUUAGAUGGGUGGCAUAUGCAUACUCGUGUGGCUUUUUGUUUGGAUGGCACGUGCAUGAGAAGGCAUCACUUCACUUCUUAGUCCCCCUUGCAGUUGUUGCGGUGGAAAGCAUAGAGGACGCACGGCAUUACUUCAUGUUAUCUAUAGUUUCCAGCUACUCGCUGUUUCCUCUUCUGUACGAAGCUCAAGAAUACCCCAUAAAAGUGGUCUUACUUCUUUUGCACAUUGCUCUAAUGUGGUACGGCUUUUCUUCCCAAUUUUCCGAGAGGAAUGAAUCAGACAAGAGAACAGCUUGUGUCUUGAUGGUUACGGGAUGGAUGGAAAAGAGCUAUCUGCUUGGUUUUGUGGUGUUGGAGAUAUGGGGGCAGUUUCUUCAUCCGUUUCUUCUUGGUGAUAAACUACCAUUUUUACCCCUCAUGAUGAUGUCCUUUUACUGUGCAUUAGGAAUGAUGUACUCUUGGAUUUGGCAACUUAGAUGUAUUGUUAGGUCUCAGUGAUGAUUUAGUGGAAUGGAAGUCCAUUGUUGUAAUCGGAUUCAUCUGAAAUGCCUUGCCUAAAAGCAAUCAAAACUCUGAAUAUCUACUUAAUCUUCGAUUUCCUGUUAUUUUGUAAUUUGAUUUGGUCGUCAUCUAUUCUUGUGUUGC